GGGAUGAGUCGGGCUAUGUGAUGCAGUUGUUACUGCCAUUUCAUCAGCGGAUUUUCAAAAACAUCUCUCCAUCUUUAAACAUGGAUUUACCAUAACAUUAAACCAUCGACAAGUUUUAAGGACGACCAUUAGCCUAUUACACAUCAAACUCGCCAGUACAGUAACAAAUCCCUGUGUAGAAUAAAAUAAAACGAUAGCCUAGGACAAGGCCUAUUUGCGACUCCUUGGGGUAAAACACCGUGUUUGACUAGGCCUCCUGGGAUCACUGUUUCAGAGAGCAUUUUCGAGAAAAAAUAUUUGUCAAGAUCAUGGGGUUUGCUAUUGCCAGGCGUUGAUCGCCCAUCUAACAAGAUUCUGUGAGAUAUGGAAGCGAUAUGGCUGUACCAGUUUCGACUCAUCGUCAUUGGGGACUCGACAGUAGGAAAGUCGUGCCUGAUCCGGCGAUUCACCGAGGGACGCUUUGCGCAGGUGUCCGACCCCACAGUCGGUGUAGACUUCUUCUCACGGCUAGUGGAGAUAGAGCCAGGGAAACGCAUUAAACUUCAAAUCUGGGACACUGCUGGACAAGAGCGAUUCAGGUCUAUUACCAGGGCUUACUACCGUAACUCUGUUGGGGGGCUGCUGCUGUUUGACAUCACCAACCGUCGCUCCUUCCAGAAUGUGCAUGAGUGGCUGGAGGAGGCCCGCAGUCAUGUCCAGCCUCACAGUAUCGUCUUCCUGUUGGUGGGUCACAAGUGCGACCUGGAGUCCCAGAGGCAGGUGAGCCAGCAGGAGGCUGAGAAGCUGGCAGGUGCCUAUGGCAUGCGUUACGUGGAGACAUCGGCUCGCGAUGCCAUCAACGUGGAAAAGGCCUUCACUGAGCUAACGCAGGACAUAUUUGAGCUCGUGAAGAGCGGUGACAUCAACAUCCAGGAGGGCUGGGAAGGGGUGAAGAGUGGCUUUGUGCCCAAUGUGGUGCACUCCUCAGAAGAGGUCACCAAGAGUGACCGCCGGUGCCUCUGCUAAAUGUGCUGUCUGUCUAGUUGGCUUUACCCCUCCCAGCCCAUGUAUUCCUGUAACAUUAUGACCCACUAGCUCCCCGUCUUGUCACCUGGCAUUUAUUUGGCUCUCUCACUCCUAUCCUGAAUACUGGAAGGCCAUAUCUGCUCUAGUCUAUCACUGAAUAAUACAUGGUUAAAGCUAUUUGGGUCGUUCCAUGAAAAGAGGGCCUUUUGUGUCCCUUUGAUAUAUUAAGUAGAAAUGGUGCACCAAUAUAGAAUUUUAAUAGCCUGUUGCAUUUUGACAUGUCCCUCAGUCAAUCCUGUGUCACUUCUAGGAGGAUUUUAACCCACUUAAUCCCAACAUUUCUCAAAGUUAAAUUUUGUUGCUUUGCCAAAGUCAUUUCUGAAGAUUAUUAUUAAUUUCAUAUGAUUAGUGAUUCAUUUAUGGCUGUCCCUCAUUUUAAGGUCA